AUGUUCUCAAAGUUGGUGAUCUUCAUCCAGAUCUCCGUGGUGUUUGGAAUCCGAGCGGACACCUUCUCCAACACCAGUGUGCAUGUCACCGAGUGUGCGGAGUGGUACGAGGGCUUGCCAAAGAAGUGGAAGAUUUGGAAGCUUGGUUUCGUUGGUGGCUGCCUAUUCUUGGGCGGUGCCUGCGAGAACCAGAAGCAAUCCUGCCACAAGUGCACCGAGUUCUACCAGCACGACCUGGCCAAGGGAAAUGCGCAGAAGCUGCAAGAGAUCAUCGACAGCUGGAAGGUGGACCUUCUGAGCUGCGCGCAGCGACUGGAGACGUUGAAGGUCGAGGUCACCGAAAAGGCCGACAGCUUGGACUCUUUCCAGGAUUCCUUGCAGGCCACUCAAGCGCAGCAGCUGCCGGAGCACACCGAACAUGAAGGCUCCCAAUUUGCGAAGUAUGGCUCGAAGAUCGAGAUGUGCGAAGAUGCCACCAGCAAGUUGAUUUGCUUCGUCCAAUGGGAAGAUCUCAAGCGAAAGGUUCCUCACGUGACGCUGCAUGGGGGGGCCUUUCACUCGCCAGACGGUGCUGAGGUGCCGCGCUUCCAGUACGACUACGAGGGCCCUCGCAUGUUGCUUUUGUCACUGGAAGAGUCUGCGAGUGGAACCAACCUCACGGCUGCAAAUCAUGUGCUCAUCGUGCACCCUAUGCAGGCUGAGAGCAAGGAGGAGGCCGUGGCCUUUGAGAUGCAGGCCGUGGGCCGCGUCCGUCGGCCUGGACAGCAAAAGAAGAUCUACAUCUGGCGAUUUGUCACCUGUGACACGAUUGAGCAGACCAUUACGGAGGAGCACCAACGCGAGCUCUGGCUGCGGCAAAAGGAAACGGUGCCACCCUUGUCGCUACCAGCAGCACAGGAUCCCGAAAGUGAUGAGGAGUGCGAGGAGUCAGCACCAGCAACGUCCUCAGAGGUUCGCUCCUUUUUCACCGUGAUGUCGCGGUGGCUUCCUACGCGUGCUGGUCAUGCCACUUCCCGGAGACCAUGCCCGUGCAGUUUGGAACUCCAACAGAGUCAGUUGCAAGGCUGA